AUGACCGCUCAGACCUACACCACGAUGCCUGGUCUCCUGCCAGCACCUGGCUAUCAGCAACGCAGCGCCCCCAACGACCAAGCCCAGCCUCGCCUGGCUUAUUUCAUCACUCGACCCAAUGGCUUCGCCAUCCCUCUCAUUCCCGCCGAUGAGCUGCCAUUUACGAUCAAGCUGCAAAAUGUGCCUCGCAUUCUCGACCCUCAAGACACGUACGGCAUGCAGUACGUAGGCACAACUCCUUACGCUGGCACCACGUUCAAGCUUGAUGGUCUUGGAUCUACCGAUUUUCAGCGUAGCGGUAGCCCGCCAACGAGUGUGCCGUUUCACGCUCGUGGCCACAGUGCCACUGGUGUCAAGCAGUAUCUCGCACCAGAUGCGCUGGCUCGACAGGUCUUCGCCACCACUCCUCACGCUGCUGUCAGCGGUAUCGACAGCAACACCAGCCGGCCGCCAUCUGCUCACGAGACUGCAAAGUCGUGGCGUCGCAACGAUCCGACCGAAUCCACUGACCCAACCCAAAGCGUUAUCGAUGCAAUUCUGCGCUCCAAGGCUGGGGCAGAGACUGCUGAGCGAGUGGGCUAUCGCAGCAGAGACACUACUCCACCGCCAUCUGGGAUCGUGCCUGACCAGGACAAGAAGGUCUUCUGUACGCACUGGAUCAUGACUGGCGAUUGCAAAUUCGUUCAACAGGGCUGUCGGUACAAGCAUGAGAUGCCGUCCGAGGCGAAGCUGAAAGAGUUGGGAAUUCGUCAUACGCCGAGAUGGUGGUUGGAGCAUAACGCAGCUAUCAGGCUUGGAGGAGCGAGAAAUGUGGCCGGUCCGUCGUUGAAGCCAUUGGAGAUGCUGCGCAAAGGCGAUGAUGCCGAUUCUGAGAGCUCGUCUGAUGGACCCGAUGAGAGUGACAGUGAGGUGGAGGUGGUGCUUUCCCUUGCCGACAAGAAGGCUCUGCUGAACUCGAAAGGCGUGACCAACAACGACGUUGUGAGAAAGCCAAUCAUUAAGGCUCCGGUAGAGCUCAAGUCACCUGUUGUUCCGCCUACUCGUCCAUCGUCACCAGUCACAGUCACAGAGAAGCCAAAGGAUGCUCGCAAGCCAUCAACCACAAGCGACCUCAUCGACUUCGCUCCGCUUCUGCCAUCAACUGCAACUACGACCGCUCCACCAACGGCAACCACGUCUCGCCCCAAGCGCGACUACAACCUCCGAGGUGGUCCAACUACUACAUGUACUCCAACCACCACGUCCCUCAGCAUCACCAAUCCCCCGCAAACUCCCCCGACCACAGCAAAGAAAACCACCAAAGUCUUCGUCCCCGCGGGAGAAUCCCCAGACCACCACAUCGCAGACAUGAAAAAGCGUGAGCGCUCGACUCGCAUAAAGCAACAACCAUCCCGCACCCCAUCUCCCACCCACCCACGACCCAUCAUCCCAAACACAACCAAGACUCUCAUCACGAAAUCGGGUCCAGUCGGCCUUCAAGCCUCGAAACAUGCCCCUCCGCCCCCUCCUGGCUCCAUCUCCUCCGAUAGCAACAAGUCCUCCCCUUCUCCCGCGAAGCGCAACAAAGCAGGUUCGCGCAUUCGUCGUCCUGCUACUUCUUCUGCUACUGCUACAAGUCCUGCUUCGCCUUCUCCUACAGUCGCCGCUGCCGUGAACGCGGGAGCUGGAGCGGAGAAGAAAGACAAAUAG